AGGUCAUGGAAGCAGAGGACUCACACCUAUAAUUUGCAGCUCAUCAUUUCCAAUAAUAAAACGGAUUGAGGUGACAAAAUAAUGGCUGCUUUCUUCCAUGGAGAAUCUGAAAUGAGAGAACCUUCUUCUGAUCUUUUUAUGAUGAAUCUGAAUCCGUUCUCCGACCCGACAACGACCAUUAAUGAUCAUAACCAUCACUUAUACAACAUGUGCUUCGGGUCCCAGCACCAUCCACGGCGAGUGAGCAAAGAUGAAGUAGGUCUUAUCGAAGAAGGGAACUCUUCGAUCUCCACGGUUUCAAACAGAGGAGUAACGCAAGGCUUCAGGGUUUUGGAUCCGACCUACUUGAAAGCUGCUCAAGAAUUGCUUAAUGAGAAUGUCAAUGUUGGAUAUGGUUGCCGCGGCGCCAAACAAGAGCAAGAGAUGAAUAAAGAGUCGGUGAUUUGUGGAAUGAACUAUGGAGUUGGGGACAUCAACGUUAGCCAUAAACCCGGCGUGGCUGGUUGUCGGAAAGAGUUGCAAAUGAAGAAAGCAAAGCUCAUCUUGAUGGUUGAAAAGGUUGAACAGAGAUACAAGCAAUAUCAUAACCAAAUGCAGACUACAAUCUCAUCGUUUGAGAAAUCAGCGGGUUUAGGCUCAGCAAACUCGUACACACAUAUAGCGUUACAAACGAUAUCAAAGAAGUUUCGUGCUGUAAAAGACAUGAUAUGUUUGCAAAUCAAACACAUAAAUAAGUUGUUGGGAGAAAAAGAAUGUGAAGGUUUGAAUUUAGCUCACGAGCAGCAUAAGCAGUUAGGGAAGAUGACACAUAACCAUUGGAGAACGCACCGAGGUUUGCCUGAAACAGCUGUUUCCAUUCUCCGCGCUUGGCUCUUUCAGCAUUUUCUUCACCCAUAUCCGAGGGAUUUGGAUAGAGAAAUGCUUGCCAAACAGACUGGCCUUACUAAGAGUCAAGUUUCAAAUUGGUUCAUAAAUGCUCGAGUCCGAGUGUGGAAGCCAAUGGUGGAGGAGAUGUAUUUUGAAGAAAUGAUUUUUGAAGAGGGCAGAAAUCGAGGAAACCUCAAUGAAUAUAGUAACAAAGGUUCAUCCUCUAAGCAACCUUACUAUAAUACAACUUCAGAUGAAUCUUCAAACUCGAUAUUACCCGUUUAUCAUCAAGGAUACUAUGAAAAUGAAAUCUCUAUGCCAAACUCAUCCUCAAGUUGCCGCCUAGUGACGUUUAAGAAGCAAUACAAAAAUCAAGCUAACUUGAUCCAUUUCCAUGGAGGGUUUGAAAACUACCACGCAGUGGUUGGAAAAGAUGUCUCCCUUUCGCUUGGCCCGCAUCACUCGUGCGACCAAACUGUCAACAUCAUUCAGUUUGGAUCGACAGGUAAUGGAACUGAGAUCUCGGGCAUAUAUCCCUCGUUAACAUAUCAAAUCAUGAAUUAGAUCUUGAUAGAUAACAUAUAUAUUGUCUGCUUAAUGCCUGUAUUUCUUGUGUGUAUAUUAGUAUAUAGCCUUGGUUCAUGGGUGGUUUCAUAGGGAUGGAUGUGUAUAAGAUAGACAUAUAGAGGGAAAGACUCAAAAUAUAUGGUUUGAUAAAAAUGUAGAUACAAUACUUAGCUUAGAAACUAGAUAAAGUAUGGUGUUAAUUGGUUUUCUAUAGUAAGAUUUUAUUUAUUAUUGUUAUGGAGAUGGUGAUCAAUAUGGUGAUCAGCUUUUACUUGUGUCUUUAAGAAUGUGUCGUGUGUGUAAAUGUGUCCACAGCAGCCGAACUAUCAUUUCUUAUGCAAGCCUAUCUAUAUGAGUUUCUUUGUUCUUUUAUAUAAAAAUCCCUAUGUGACGCAUCCAUA